CAACUGAAAUCGUUUUGAUUACGACUCUUAUAUCAUUAUUAUUAUUAUUAUUACCGACGAGUUAUUUAAGUGUUUAAUUUUUAUUAUGUAGCGUACUGCUUAUGAUAAUGGACAACUCGAUGCAGGCGAAUCUCGAAUCCGUGUACGCAAUUGGUUAAUGCUGGCAGAUCAGUCGAUUAUAGACAAGACGAGCGACGAUUCGACAGACAAACUAACUCCGAGCAAAAAAGACAAACACAAAUGCCGUUAAGAACACCACUAACAAUGUGAAGACGCCCGCGGGUGCCACGCCCACAACGAUGACGAUCAGCACAACGCCCGCCUCGGUGACAAGAGCUCUCAACAGCAGCAGCAACCACAACAACAGCAGCAACAGCAACAGCAACAACAACACCAGCUCGAACAACAACAAUGUGAACAGCGAGAAGAGUUGUCUGCCCGUAACGCAAACCGUGACCAGGAUUGGCAGCAUUGGACGCACAACGAUUGCGUGCAUCACGCCGGCGAGUCUGAAGAACAGCUCGAGCAAUUGCAAUGUGGAUGCCGCAUCGGCGGCGGCUCUUGCGGCAGCUGGCGUUGAGCUGGACAGCAUUGAUGAUGCGAUGACCGAGGUGAUAGUGAAGAUCGAGAAUCCCGAGAAUGUGUCGCUCAACGGCGAUGAGGCUGUGUGCAAUGAGGCGAUCGAUGAUGAGAACACCUUUGACUACGAUCUCAAGUUGGCCAGCCCAUUGUCGUGGACGUACGAUGCGGUGAAGAUCGAGAACGAAGAGUUCGAGGAUAGCUAUCUGAUGGACAACGAUGACGAUGACGAUGAUCUAUUGACCACGGCGGCUGCAUCGCAAAAGCAUGCCAAGCAGUCCAAGAGCAAUAACAAUGGCAAUGCCAACAACAACAACAGUGGCUCAAAAAUCGUGCUCAGCUCACAGCAGCAGCAACAGUUGCUCGACCAACAGCAACAUCUGCAGCAUCUGCAACUGCAGCCCACCAGUCAAUCGUCGUUGCAAAUCAAGCUGCCCACCAUACCAGCAACCAUAACGACCAUUGCGGCACCAACCUCGAAGCAACAACCAAUUGCCAGCACCAGUGGCGGAGCUAAUGCCAACAGCAGCGGCGGCGGCGGCGGCGGCGGCGGCAAUUCAACAGUGCUCUCGAGCAACAAAAUGGCUCUCAAUGUGGACGCACAGAAUCUGAACUUGCACUGGUCGCACACCGAUGACAAUCGCUAUCGCAUUCUAGUGCAGAACAAACGGAUGCGCAAAGAGUCGCUGGAGCAUUCGGCCGAUAUGAUCUACAACGCGGACAUCGAGAAGCCGUGGGUGUGCCGCAACUGCAAUCGCACCUACAAAUGGAAGAACAGUCUCAAGUGUCAUCUGAAGAACGAAUGCGGUCUGCCGCCUCGCUACUUCUGCAGCAAGAUGUGCGGCUAUGCGACGAAUGUGCACAGCAAUCUGAAGCGUCAUCUCAACACCAAGUGUCGGGAUCGCGAGAAGGAGGAGGAGGAGAAGGAAAAGGAGAAAGAGAAGGAGAAGAAAUACAAUGUUGCUGCUGUGCCGACAACCACAACCACAACAAGCGUCAAUGUGAACAACACCAGCAGCAGUGGAAGCAGCAGCAAUGGCAACACCAGCACCUACACACUAGUCUUUCCAAACAAAUAGGCUAGGAGCAAUGAGUAAAAUUCCCCCCUAAAACAAGUUGUACAAAAUGAGCUGGAACUGGACCUGGAGCUGGCACUUUGGAAAUGCAAAACUGCAAACAAAAAUAUUGAUUGAUUGCAAGCUUGUCUCUAGUACAAAUUAAGUUUCUCUUUUUUGUUUUCAUUACACACAUUUUUCUGUUUGUUUUUCCUGUUUUCCAUUAUAUACUAUAUUUAAAAAGUAUUACAAGCGCGUGCAAUAUUCAGCGCUGUCCCGAAAAAAACAAAAAACCAAAAAAUAAUCGCAGCAGGCAAAAAGCGCAGCACUGAAUCUGAAAGUAGUUUUAAUAUUGUUUUUUUUUUGUUGCAUGUGCCAGCGGCAAGUGUUGCAAGUACCAAAGAAAAAUACAAUACAAAAAAACCUAAAAAGACAACAAAAAGAAAAAAAAAAUACUUAGACUUAGUUGGCAAUACAAAAUGCGUAUUGUUUUAGCGAAUUCUCAAACAAAAGGAAAACUUUACAAAAACCACAAAAAAAAGAAUAUAAAAAAAUUGUGUAAAUUUUUUUCCGAGAAAAAUCUCACACAAAGAAAUUAUGCGCUAGUCACAGCAAAAAUUGUUUAAGUGUGCUAUAUACAACAAAACCAAAAACCAAAAAAACAAAAUCGAUUUUUGUAUUAAUUAAUUCUUAAUUUUAAAACAGAAAAAAAUUAAAAAAAGAUACCAUAUGCAUGGCAUGAAAACACGCCCCGCCCUCAACAAAAAAGAACAAACUAUAAUAAUUAUAUUUAAAAAUACAAAAAACAAAAAAAAAUACAAUACACACAACACAUUCACCUAAUAUAAACAUACAUAUAACACAUUAAAUUUAAAACAGAUUUGAUUCUAAUUAGUUGCAAUCGAAUGAGUUAAUUUUUGAUUUCAAUUUAUAUAUUUUUUUGUGUUUAACUGCUUCGAUAGAUUUUUGAAGCAGCAUUUGUGUUAGAAGUUGCUUUAUAUACGAUAUGAUAAUGAUAACAAGUUCUAGUCAAAACGAAAACAAAAACAAAAAAACGAUUAUCUACAUUAAAAUAAUAUGUAAUAAUCAUAAUGCUAAUAUUACUUAUAACUAUAAAUACUAUUUUGAAAAUUAGGCAAAAAUUAUUAUUAUUAAUUCUAAAAUAAUAUGUUUUAAUUUCUAAUUCGAAAUAUCAGCAACACAUACACGAAUUGUUAGAUUUAAAUUGAUAACAAGAUGAACAAGAACAAAGAACCCGGCCAGUAAAAAAAGAUUUAAAACAAUUUCCAUAUGUAAAAAGACAACCAAAAUACCAAAAACAAAAAGAAAACAAAA